AUGACGUUCGUGGGCUAUUCAUCGCAACAGAAGGCGUACCGAUUCCUGGACCUGAUGACUGGCACCAUUGUGAACCGCAGAGAUGCACGAUUUCUGACGAUGGGCAACACCGGUCAGGAUGAAGCGUCAGAAAAUGGAAGUAUCAUCGAAUGCUCGAUCGGUGAACAUGCUUUCCCGAAGACUAAUAAUUUUCCUAUCGUUGCAGGGGACGUUCAUAGUGAGCAACCGGAGAUUGAAGAGGAGUCUGAUUCCGACGAAGAGGAUGAUCAAAACGAGACGAUCGAUCCAUACGUCGAUUGCGAUGCCACGCUCACCGAUGGCAACGACGAGGAUGAACGUCCCCCCAACGCACCAAUUGCACCAAAAAUAUAA